ACAGAGGAACAGCGCACAGAUCGGUUACACUGAGACAGAGAGGGAGGGGAAGAGAGAGAGAGAGCGAGAGAGAGAGAGAGAGGGAGAAAGAGAGAGAGAGAGGGAGGGCAGGAGAGGCUGGUCCUCUUCUUUUAAGCCUUUACAGCUUCCAUCCACCUCCUCGAGCUCGAGACUACCAGAGACGCUCGCUUGUUCUCUCUCUCUCUGUCUCUGUCUCUCUCUCUCUCUCUCUCUCUCUCUCUGUCUCUCCCUCUCUGCACGAGCGCCGCGAUGCGCGAUGGGUCAGGCGUGCGGACACGCGCUGCUCUGCCGUAGUCAUCAGCACCAGCCGGCGUCUGAGAUACGAGGACAGCAAGUCUUCCUGAGAGCCGACGAGCCGCCUGCGUCCUCACACGCCUUUCAGUGACCAGCGCCUCAGUACCGUUUUACAGAUGCGUCUCACUCGUCUCAUCUCGUCUCGUCUUCCUCCGUCGUCUUUGUGCUGAGUGUCAGUAGCUCACAUCCUCACCAUCCCAAUGCAGAGGCAGCGGGGCCACGAUUCGUCCGACACACACUGCGUUAGCGUCCAGGAUGCAUUGCUGCGGCUGGCCUCCAUUGUUGAUGCGAGCAGCCUCCGGGCGGCCAUUAAAGAGACACUGGAGGCUGUGCUGCCAAAAGUGGAGAGUGUGUUCGUGUAUCUGCUGGAGGCCGAGUCUCAGAUGCGAUGUGAAGAUCCACCUCAUGACCUUCACGCAGAAGGCAAGCUCAGGGAGGUGUUUGUGCAGAAGAAGAGAGCAGUGUGUGUCGGUCUGCCAUCAACAGAGCUGCAGGAGAAGCAGAGGACAAGCCUGGCAGCACCUCUCCCACCUGAGAAGCGAGUUGUGAUCAUUCCGUUGGUGGAUGAAGAUGAAGACAAGGUCAUGUCUCUCAUUUUGGUUUGCUGCUGUCAGCUCACUGACCAGGAUGAGCAAAACCUUAAUCUUCUGGAGAAACAUCUCAUCGUUGCAUGUAAAAGAGUACAGGCGAUACAGAGGAGUGCGAUGCGGCCAGAAACCCAAUCCCACAAUGCACCACUCAAUGCUAACACCAUGAACGAGAAAGAGAAAGACUACAGAGAACUGGACCGCAAGAUUCUGCAGCUCUGUGGUGAGCUGUAUGAUCUGGACGCAGCAUCACUUCAGCUCAAAGUCAUCAACUACCUGCAGAAAGAGACCCAGUCUCAGUGCUGCUGUCUGCUGCUGGUGUCUGAGGAUAACCAUCAACUAUUCUGUCAGGUGGUUGGGGAUAAAGUUCUGGAAGAAGAGAUCAGCUUUCCUCUGAUGUUCGGACGCUUUGGGCAGGUGGUGGAGAAAAAGAAAUCCAUCACCUUACAGGAUGUUAGCCAGGAGGAGAGAAGGCAGCUCAGCAGUAUGUUGGGGUUUGAAGCUCACUCCAUGCUGUGUGUGCCCGUCGUGAGUCAGGCUACUGCCCAGGUGGUGGCGCUAGCAUGCACUUUUAACAAGAAGGGAGGGCAGAAAUACUCAGCAGCAGAUGAACACAUGAUCCAGCACUGUUUCUGUUACACCUCCACGGUGCUCACCAGCACACUUGCCUUCCAGAAGGAGCAGAAACUAAAGUUUGAAUGUCAGGCUCUGCUCCAGGUGGCCAAAAAUCUCUUCACACACCUUGACGACGUGUCGGUUCUACUACAGGAGAUCAUUGUGGAGGCUCGGAACCUGAGCAAUGCUGAGAUUUGUUCAGUGUUCCUGCUCGACCGUGUCAGUCAUGAACUCGUGGCCAAAGUGUUCGAUGGUGGCGUAGUGAACGAUGAUGAGAAGGAGUUCCGUAUCCCAGCAGAUCAGGGCAUCGCCGGUCAUGUGGCCACUACGGGAAAAAUCCUCAACAUUAAGGACGCAUACUCACACCCACUUUUCUACCGUGGCGUGGACGACAGUACGGGUUUCCGCACACGCAACAUACUCUGUUUCCCCAUCAAGGACGAGAAUGGAGAUGUUAUUGGUGUUGCCGAGUUGGUGAAUAAGACAAAUGGUCCGUGGUUUAACCGGUUUGAUGAGGACCUGGCCACAGCCUUCUCCAUCUACUGCGGGAUCAGCAUCGCCCAUUCUCUGCUGUAUAAGAAGGUACAUGAGGCUCAGUUCCGCAGUCACCUGGCCAAUGAGAUGAUGAUGUACCACAUGAAGGUGUCUGAGGAGGAGGUGAGCCGGCUGCUGAUGAGAGGAAUCGAACCUGUACACAGCCUCCACCCGAGCUUCUCUCAGUUCACCUAUACACCCCGCUCCCUGCCCGAUGACACCACGCCCAUGGGAAUCCUGAGCAUGUUUGAGGAUAUGGGCUUCAUAAACACCUACAAGAUUGACCUCCACACUCUGGCCAGGUUCUGUCUGAUGGUGAAGAAGGGCUACAGGGAUCCUCCUUACCACAACUGGAUGCAUGCAUUCUCAGUCUCUCACUUCUGCUAUCUGCUUUACAAGAACCUGGAGCUCAACAACUACCUCGAGGACAUUGAGAUCCUCGCUCUCUUUGUGUCCUGCAUGUGCCAUGAUCUGGACCACCGAGGAACAAACAACUCCUUCCAGGUGGCCUCGAAAUCUGUUCUUGCAGCCCUUUACAGCUCUGAGGGAUCAGUUAUGGAGAGACAUCACUUUGCUCAGGCCAUCGCCAUCCUGAACACACAUGGCUGCAACAUCUUUGAAAAGUUCUCCAGAAAGGACUACCAGAGGAUGCUGGACCUGAUGAGAGACAUUAUUCUGGCCACUGAUUUGGCUCAUCACCUGCGCAUCUUUAAAGACCUGCAGAAGAUGGCAGAGGCUGGGUAUAACCCGAAGAGCCAGACACACCGCAGCCUGCUGUUGUGCCUACUGAUGACCUCUUGUGACCUCUCGGAUCAGACCAAGGGCUGGAAGACCACCAGGAAGAUUGCUGAGCUGAUCUACAAAGAGUUUUUCUCUCAGGGUGAUCUGGAGAAAGCGAUGGGGAACAGGCCCAGUGAGAUGAUGGACAGGGAGAAGGCAUACAUCCCCGAGUUGCAGAUCAGCUUUAUGGAACACAUCGCAAUGCCCAUCUACAAGCUGCUGCAUGAGAUUUUCCCACGUUCUGCAGAACUCUACGAGCGAGUGGCAGCGAAUCGCGAGCAGUGGACCAAAGUUUCACACAAGUUCACUAUCCGCGGUUUACCCAGCAACAACUCACUGGACUUCCUGGACGAGGAGUACGAGCUGAUGCAGGCGCAGGGGGCAUUCGGGGACGACAGUCACCGCAUGAACGGCUGCCUGGAUGACGAGUGCAGCAAGACGGACCAGUGAAACUCCUGGAAGCGUAAUGUUUUCACUCCGAAACAGGUAGACGUUGCGCCUUUAUGUCGUCUCUGGAAGGACAGCGUUGUAGAGGGAACAGACUGGGAUGUGGUUAGAUGACUGUCGAGACACUGGUGUUUCGUGGGCGGAGCUGAUAUGCUGCAGAUAAUGAUGUCAUUUCCUGCCAUUCGAACCAUUUGCGCAAGCAGAACACUUCACUUGUCGUGGGGCCGGGGGCGGAGCCUCAUGUUUUCUUGUUGAAUAUUACAAAGGAUAUGUUCUUUAAUUAUUUACUUAACGUUUUGAUAGCUGAACAAAGCCUCAGUGUUUGAUUUUAUAUAUUUUUUCUGUCCUGCUGUAAACAUCAUAAACUCCAUCCAAAUGUAUAGAAUUGAAUGUUAGUUUAUAAAAUGAGAAAUGUUUCUUUGAGUAAGCAUCGCUGUAGAAAUGUCAUCGUCGCAAGCUAGCUCUUUAAUUUUACACACAGAAUGAGGUUUUUAUUUAAACUGUAAAGACAAUCAAAUUAGAAGUCCUUUGCGUCCCUUUUUAAAUCCUCAUGAGUGCGACUUCCCGUGAGGAGAGAAGAACAUGAGAUGAGGUGAGAUUUUAGUGAACGUCAACAACACACACACACUUUAGUAAAGCAUUCACACUAGUAACUUAACAAAGCAGAUUGUUGUGACUUUUGUCCCAGCUGUUCAAAUCAUUCUCCUAAAAGGCUGCUGAAAUCCCUCAUCCUGUCACGUGACUCUGCUUCAGUUCAGGUAAGCUGAAAAACUUGCACUCACUUUCCAGGCCGGAAUUCCCCCCACAAGCUCCUGUUGGAACAGAGUGCAUUAUGGCUGUGUUUAUGAGAUGAGAAAUACAACAUUUACCUGAACACUGUGUAGUUCAGUGUUUAUCAUCAUGAUUGACCCAAAGACUGCAAGGUAAACUGUGUCUGAUGAAUUUAAGGCCACUUCAGUACAAAUCUCCUGACUUCUGGGAACGUCGCACCAGCAGCGUUCUAAUUUCUUGUAUAUAACAUUAUCAGAGGAAUUUUAAGGGCUACGGCACCCUCUGAGGCACGUGAAGAGGUUCAUUUCUCAGGCGGAAAACAGAAUUAUGUAUAAAUAUGGAUUUGCCUUAUCACGUAUAUGUGUUGCCUUUUUGAGUAGAGUUAAACACUGUAUACACACACACACACACACAAACACACAGUUUUAAAGCUCAGCUCAGUGUGUGCAGGCAUGUUAACAUGGGUGUGAAAGUCAAACCCAAGGCUAAAUCUGAGUCUGCUAGCAUGCUAGCUCGUGUAGCGUACGAAUUAGAUUACAGUAAUGAAUCUCUAAUCCAAUCAAUAUAACAGUUUAAUAUGUUUACAAUUAAUAAUG